AAAAACACGUGUUGCAAGGGAGGAGAUGGACUUGUGGGAGGUCAUGCUUUUUUCCAUGCAAUAAUUGAAUGGUUAGCUAAUUAGCCGUCACGCUAAGCACGUGUGAGUGGCUGCGGUGGGAGAGGGAGACACGGGAGAAAGGAAGCGAGUGCCGCAGGGCUCGUGCCCCACCCCGGAUCGUGUGAAGCGAUCCUAAAGGAGGGAAUUUUUCUGGGCAUGUACAGAGUGCCCCUUGCUUGCCUCUGGAUAUCCGCCCUGCCCUCACCCCAUAAAGCACCAUGUGCAUUGGUGUAGCUGUAUAAAUAGGGAUAAUAAUAGGAUCUCUUUGUCUAAACCAGGUCUGCUCAACUGUGGUCCCCCCCAGCUGUUUUUGGACUACAACUCCCAAAAUCCCCAGCCACAGUGGCCAAUAGCCAGGGAUUAUGGGAGUUGUAGGCCAACAUCUGCAGGAGGGCCAGCAUCUGCAGGAGGGCUGUGCUGGGGUUUGAUAGGUCCAGUUGCCAUCUCCCCAUCUUGUAUAUCACCACUUUAAAAGGUGCCUCUUUGCUCAGUGUUCUGACCUUCCGUUCAUUCUCGCCAUACCGAUUUGCUGCCAACAUUACUCUUCUGUUGGCAUGCUGCCUAUAUUGGAGGAAUGACAAGACUGCAGUGGCAGGGAUGCAGCUAGCCUGAUGGAGCCAGGCUGCAAGCGCCGGAAAACGGCGAAGCUGACAGAUGCCACUCCUUGGAAGGUGGUGCCAGUUCUUUCGGAGCGGGAAUCUCAAAGAGUUGCGUUAAUGCCUGUUUAUGCUGCGCCUGUCCUGGACAAGAAGGAGGCAUCCCGACUGGUGAAGGAGGUCUCCACCGUCUACCCACUGGGCGACUACCCGCACUUGAAGCGUGUCCGAGCGCGCGCCUCCGUGGACAGCCCGCACCCACUGGAGAUGAUUCUGUGCUUGGCAAAUCCCAGCCAAGAGGAAGGAACUUUGCCAUCUCUGGCUGAACUCUUCCCUGACGGCCAAGUAGACCUGUGUGGCUUGGGGGAACCCUUCUUGGCUCAGGUGCCGCUCUGCCCGCCCUUGACCCGGCCACAGUACGAGGAAGCCGUCUCACACUGGCCAGUCUCUUUCCACGAGAACAAACACAUCAGCCAGGCCUUGAAUGGCUCUCUCUUCACAGCCUUGGAGAAGGCCGCCAUGCAAAGCCACAUGGAGUUGGCCAUCCAAGCCGCGGAACGGGGAGCGAGGCAGGGAAUGAAGCCGGUUGGAGCCGUGGUGGUCGAUCCGGUGACUGGGAGAGUUCUGGCCACGGGACAUGACUGCAGGGACGGCCUCCACCCGCUGCUGCAUGCCGCCAUGGUUUGCAUCGACCUGGUAGCCUGUGGCCAAGGUGGUGGAGCCUACAGCUAUAAGGAUUACCCUGCCUGCACCUUCUUUCAGGUGGGCAGCAAUAACUCGGACCCGUCCUCUUUUGAGGACUCGCUGCCCUACAUCUGCACCGGCUACGACAUGUACUUGACGCGAGAACCGUGUGCCAUGUGUGCCAUGGCGCUGGUGCACUCUCGCAUUGAGAGGGUCUUCUAUGGGGUGCCAUCCCCCCAGGGAGCCCUGGGGACCAAGCACCACAUCCACAGCCGCAGGGACCUGAACCACCGCUACGAGGUGUUCUGCGGCAUUCUAGAAGACCAGUGCCGCACGCUGAUGCAGGUCUCGCCUCUAAAGGAACCCCCAGGAGAGACUGCCUGAGAGGAGGGCUUUUAUUUUUUUAAUUUUUUUUUAAAAAAACAAAUAAAUUAUUUUAAGAACA